AGCAUCCGUCCGUGUUACUAGGUUCCAGAAGAUGAAUCUGGGGCACGCGCUCGCCACACUCCCUCUUUAUCCUUAACCACACUUUUUUUUUUUUUUCUCCUUCAUCAUUCUUGUUCUGAGUUGAAAAUUCUGAGUUGUCUUCUUCAUUCUACAUUUCUUCUCCCCCAAGACGAUCGCAAAUACAUUAUCUGAACACCAUAACAAAAGAUGGCUUUAUAUACGAGUUCUGCUACCUCACUCAGAAAUCUCUGCACAGUACAUAACAACAAUGUGAUCCAAUUAGUUGAUAUGGUGGGAAUUGAUUCAAGCCACUUGUUGAGAGGCAAGAUCCUUUGCUUCUCCAGCAGGUCUCUCAUGAACAACCAGCAUAGGACUACUACUAGUUCAUUAUCACUUAACCAGAUGAAAUUUCGUGUCCGAGUUUUGACUUUCCAGAGUCUUAAAGUUGAUAAUACCUCUACAGAAUGUACCUGGAGUUUUGACUUUCCAGAGUCUAAAGUUGAGCUUUCUCAUCUCGAGUCAGAAGCACACCUCUCUGGAAUCAAUGGGGACAAUAAUGUGGCUUGUGUUAUCGAUAAACUGAAUGCUCUCCAGUCACAUCUACUAGCAGCAGAGAAGUGGAAUGCUUCCCAACUUCAUUUAUGUGACAGGAAAUAUCUGGAAUGUGCAACAAACUUAGUUCAUUAUAUGGCUUUGAGGUCCCUGGACAUUGAGCAGCUCAACAGCCAUCUAGCUUCUCUUGGUCUGUCAAGUUUAGACAACAACAAUCUGGAUGUUCUCGCCAGCCUUAACACUUCUAUUAAUCUGCUGAUGAACUCUUCGUACAAUGAUCAAAACGCUGUGACAGAGUCUUGGACUAAAGCAUAUCCCAAGAGCAAAAGUAAUAAGAAGAAUGAUAAAGGGAAGGUAUCAUCAUACAAAGAGUCAUUACUGGGUAAGCUUCGUGAGGGAAGAAGUACUCAUAUCAUGGUAACUGUUGGUGAAGAAGCUACUUUAAGUGAAACAUUUAUAACCGAUAUUGUUAAAGCUGGCAAUUCUAUUAUACGUAUAAACUGUGCACAUGGAGAUCCAAGCAUUUGGGGUGAGAUCAUCAAAAGAGUUAGAAGAGCUUCUCAGAUGCUAGAGAUGGGUUAA